AAAUACAAAUAAAAUUAAAAGGAGUGAAAUGUGGUGGUGUCCGUUCAGUUCAAACUCUCAGCCAAUGGCUUCCUCUUUCCCCUCUCCUCUCCUCAAUCUCCAACUCUCUUCUUCUUCUCUCUCAAAUUCCACCGCCGUCGGCGCUAUCACCACCGGCGUCUGCUGGAGAAGUGGUGGAAGAAGAAGUAGAGGGAGAACAGUGAUAGCUAAUGCUACGGAGAAGGAGGAACAAGGCAAGGACUCGCCGGCUUUCAACCCAUUUGGGUUCGUCACCGACAACCCCUCCAGCCGCUCCGCCAUUCAGCUUCCCGAGAGUCCCGCCGAGGACGGCAAUGUCGGCCAAAUGCUCUACAGGAUAGAAGACAAGGGAAAGGAGUAUGGUUCUUACAUCAGGUCUGGGGAGUUUGUAUGGUUUGUGAGGGAAACAGGGUCUCCUGAUAGCCGGAGAGGAACCAUCAUAUUCCUUCAUGGGGCUCCAACACAGUCUUAUAGCUAUCGAGUUGUUAUGUCCCAGAUGUCAGAUGUUGGGUUUCACUGUUUUGCACCUGAUUGGAUAGGCUUUGGUUUCAGUGAGAAGCCAUAUUCAGGAUAUGGAUUUGACUACACAGAAAAGGAGUUCCAUGAUGAAUUCGAUAAAUUGCUUGAUGUGUUGGAGGUCAAAUCGCCAUUUUUACUUGUAGUUCAGGGAUUUCUUGUAGGCUCAUUUGGAUUGACUUGGGCCUUGAAAAAUCCAAGCAGGAUAUCAAAGCUUGCUAUUCUGAACAGUCCAUUGACAGCUUCAUCUCCGGUUCCAGGACUGUUUCAGAAGUUAAGAAUUCCUCUUUACGGUGAAUUUACAUGCCAGAAUGCUGUUAUGGCAGAGCGUUUCAUUGAAGCAGGUAGCGCUUAUGUUCUAAAGCUGGAAAAGGCUGAUGUGUAUCGAUUACCAUAUUUGUCAAGCAGUGGACCUGGAUUUGCUCUGCUUGAAGCUGCAAGGAAAGCAAACUUCAAAGAUAUAGCAAGCCAAGUAGCUGCUGGAUUUGCAUCUGGAAGGUGGGAUAAACCAAUACUAGUUGCAUGGGGAAUAUCAGACAAGUAUCUGCCUCAAUCAGUGGCAGAAGAGUUUCAAAAGGGAAACCCUGAUUAUAUAAAACUUAAGUUGAUAGAAGGUGCUGGUCAUAUGCCACAGGAGGACUGGCCUGAGAAAGUUGUUGAUGCUUUGAGAGCAUUCUUUUAAAUUCAAUGCAUGUCAACUGUGUUACCUCAAUGUGGGUCGUUCCAUUGUUAGAAUUGAAGCACAGAACUAUUCUUGUGAAGAACAAAGUAGCAGGAUAUACAAUAGGCACUGCACAAAGGAUCCUGGACUUAGUUUGGCAAUACAUGUGUAAAGUAUGUGAAAGUUCUUGAAAUAAGUUUCAUCUGUAUAAAUCACAUGGCUAACAUUUUGAAUCAAAUUUAACAUUUUUUUUUUGCCCAUUUAUCAAAUUCUCAUGUGUAAGCUGAGGUCUUAACAACCUUAGAAUUGGAUGAAUGUACUUUCUAGCUUUGAGGUGCCCUAGAA